CCGCGGCCGGCCCGGCUCCAGUGCCCAGACCCAAGUCCUCCACUGCUCAAUGGACACCCCCAGCCCAGACCGGUUGCCUUCGCCUUUGCCGGGGGAGGAAGAGAAACCUCUGGCCUUGCCUCCUGUUCCCCGGGGCCGCCGGGGUGAAUGUCCUGGAGGGGCCACCUCCUCCAAUCAGACGCUCAAGGCCUGCCUCCCUCGCAAGCGGGGCCGCCCCCCCAAGUCAGGGCAGGAGCCCCCGCUUGCACAGGGGGUGACAGCCCAGGUGGGCAGCAGCGAUGGCACUGACCUCCUGCUGAUCGAUGAUCAGGGUGUGCCCUAUACAGUCUCUGAAGGGUCAGUGGCUGAAGGGCCUGAGGGCUCCGGCCCUAGGAAGACCCCACACUUCUGCCCAGUGUGCCUGCGGGCCUUCCCCUACCUCUCGGACCUGGAGCGCCAUAGCAUCUCCCACUCGGAGCUGAAGCCACACGAGUGUAAGGACUGCGGCAAGACCUUCAAGCGGUCCAGCCACCUGCGGCGGCACUGCAACAUCCACACCGGCCUGCGGCCCUUUCGCUGCCCACUCUGCCCCCGCCGCUUCCGGGAGGCGGGCGAGCUGGCUCACCACCACCGUGUCCACUCAGGGGAGCGGCCCUACCAGUGCCCUAUCUGCCGGAUGCGCUUCACAGAGGCCAACUCGCUCCGGCGCCAUGCCAAACGAAAGCACCCCGAGACCAUGGGGUCACCCAUGUGUCCCCCAGGGCCUGAGCCACCGUGGGACCAUGAGGGCAUCCCGGCCACAGAAGGGGCCGAGGAAGAGGAGGAGGAGCUGGAGGGGAAAGAGCUGGCCUGACCCACAGCCCCGGCCAACCCUCCCCAGGCUAGGUUUAGAGCUGGGGGUUCAGCUGGUGCUGCGCCUGGGUAGGGAGGCUGGGACACCCUCAUGUCUGGUGGUCUUCCUGUUGUGGGAGGGGGUUGUGGGUGAGGACCUAAACUUCUGGGCUCUGCUGCCUUCUUCCACCCUCUCCUGGACUGACAGGCCCUUAGAGGCAGGGGCCAUGGAAAUAAAUCGCUGCCUUCUGGCUUC